UAAGCAAAGAUAGUUCACUCAUGCCGUUUACCAUUGGAAAAAAUAAGUCAGUUCCGGUCUACUUAACUGGGUGUGUCUCCCAUAGACACCAAUACAAUAGCAGCUGGGUCCAUUAAACCAGAAGAAAACAACUGCGAGUGGGGUGUCUCGCUUCCUUUUCAGUCUCUGCCGAAACCCUUCUCCGCAACCAAGCUUCACACCCGGCUGCAUAGGGAAGGUCCACCGCGGCACCCCCCCCAAACCUUCGAAGGCCAACCAUCCUCGUCGUCCAGUGCACUGUCAAAUAUUUCGAAAUGGCACCGAAGAGAAGACCCGUUCCCCUAAAUAUCACGCCCAUUGGAGAGGGGCAGUCCAUCUCCACGACCAUUGAUGCUGCGUCCGAAGCCAAUCUGGAGGCCUUACAGAAGAAGCUAGGCGAGCUAGAUUUGGACGAACAGCAGAGGAAACGUCUGGAGGCUUUCCUCACCCAGAAAGCCCAAGUGGGCGAGCUGAAAGAUGACGAUUUCCACCCCAUAUGUGAGUUGGGCGCUGGCAACGGUGGAGUGGUUAACAAGGUCCGCCACAAACCCUCCAGACUGGUCAUGGCCCGGAAGCUCAUCCACCUGGAGAUUAAGCCUGCCAUCAGGAACCAGAUAAUCAGAGAGCUGCAGGUGCUCCAUGAGUGUAACUCUCCCUACAUUGUGGGCUUCUACGGGGCCUUCUACAGCGAUGGCGAGAUCAGUAUCUGUAUGGAGCACAUGGAUGGAGGCUCUCUGGAUCAGGUACUGAAGGAAGCCAGGAGAAUCCCUGAGGAGAUCCUGGGCAAAGUCAGCAUAGCAGUACUCAGAGGACUUGCCUAUCUGCGGGAAAAACACCAGAUCAUGCACAGAGACGUCAAGCCCUCCAACAUCCUGGUGAACUCGCGCGGGGAGAUCAAGCUGUGUGACUUUGGCGUGAGUGGCCAGCUCAUCGACUCCAUGGCCAACUCCUUCGUGGGAACGCGCUCCUACAUGUCGCCGGAGAGACUGCAGGGCACACACUACUCUGUGCAGUCAGACGUGUGGAGCAUGGGCCUGUCCCUGGUGGAGCUGGCCAUCGGCCGCUACCCCAUCCCCCCGCCUGACGCCAAGGAGCUGGAAGCCAUCUUUGGCCGGCCAGUACAGGAUGGAGCUGAGGGGGAACCACAGGCCCCCUCCAACCGCCUCCCCAGACCACCAGGAGGACGACCAGUCAGCGGACAUGGGAUGGACAGUCGACCUGCCAUGGCUAUAUUUGAGCUACUGGACUACAUUGUCAAUGAGCCUCCUCCCAGGCUUCCACUCGGUGUCUUCACCAACGAUUUCCAGGAGUUUGUGACAAAAUGUCUGAUCAAGAAUCCAGCGGAGAGAGCUGACCUGAAGAUGCUGAUGAACCACACGUUUAUCAAGCGUGCUGAGGUGGAGGAGGUGGACUUUGCUGGCUGGAUGUGUAAAACCAUGGGCCUCAACCAACCCAGCACCCCAACCCGCAUCACAGAAUGAACAGCCCAACGCCAAACUGCUUCCCACAUUAGGAUCCAUGGUGUCUCACUGUCUCACACACACACACACACACACUUUGGCACCCUUUUCGUCUUGCUCUUUAAAAAAGGUUUCGGCACUCUCUCUAAAGUACAUAUCAUCAACAGGGCCAAUUGACUCCAUGUAUGAUCACAGAUUUUCCAUACCAGUGGCAGGGUAGAUCUACACACUAGUCAUGAUAUUUUUCUCCAAUCAUCAUAUUAAAGAGAAGGUACAAGGCAUGAAAGGGCUGCCAGGUUAUAAUUUUAAUGAAUUGUCAUUGAUAUCAUUUUACCACAUUUGUAUUGAUAAAUUCUGUAUUAAUAUUGACAAGAGAGUUGUUAAUGGUUUGUGCAACUGCAUAUUAGUGAAGGCUGUAGAGGGGCCAUCUUUGACAAAGAAAAAGUGUCCAUGACAGAAAUCACUGGAGUCAGGUGCUUUGUAUUCACAGGAGGAUAGCAAACCAAAGAAGGUACUCAUCGUGACUACUAAUGUUUUGCAUUUAAUGCCUUAUCAAAGUACUUCGUUUUGUACAUUCAUGACCAGUACAGUUUUGAGAGAGGAGUACUUUGAAUGUUGACAUUUUUAUUUGACUAUAAUAGUAAUUACGUAGUUAUCAAAUGUGCUCAUUUUACAAAAUGACAUAAUUUGCAAUCUUAUAUAUUUUCCAGACACUCAAGAUCAUGUUUUUGUUGUUGUUUUUUUAAACUUGUAUCUGUAUCAACUGCCUGAAACGCACAUCUGUGUCAAGUCAGAAUACGUCCAACACCUUGACUAGAGACGCUCUGAAAUGUUCCGAUUUUUGCCAGUCGACUCAAUUUAUUCCCCCAAGUGUUUUUGGUUCUGCUCGCACUGUUCUGCUUUGCCUGAGUAAGUGGAACCUACACGCCAAGCUUUCUUUUGGUGAAUCCGUGGUUACUGGCUCUGGUGGGGGUUUGGGUAGCAUGUAUUAAUUAGCCUGUCGUCUGUAAGAGCCCCUGUGUAUAUAUAAUCUGCUUCUGGCUGACCUUUACCAUUUCCAAUAGACUUGCAUUCGUUGCUAACAAAGUUACUGCUUUGUCGCCUGUGUGUGUAUAAAGCUAUAUAAACUACGCAAGUGCUAUUUUGACUCGUUUAGACAGAAAUGUAAGACAUUUCGUUUUAUCUAAAGAAAAUGUGUUGGAUAUUGUUAUAAUGUAAAAAAAAUAAAACGUAUUUGUGAAUGUA